AUGGAUGGUAAGAAGGCGAAGAAGAGGACCAUUGAAGAGGUAGAAAGCAGAGGAAGAACACAACAAAAAGAAGACAACAAGGACAGUGACAUCAGGAAAGAGCUACUGGUGAAGAAAAGGAAGAAAGAAGAACAUAAAGAUGAAGAAGGAAAACAACGCGCAAGUGAAGAGGAAAUUAAUGAAGAAAUCAGCGACUCUCCAGAAGAUCCAGAAGAUCCAGGUCCAUCUUUGGAUUCAUCUCUUUCGCUGGAGAGAUUUACAUUCCACCGACUGCUUGGCAAGGGUGGCUAUGGAAAGGUACGCAAUUUGUGAAAUGUCCAUUUACACAGCAGAUAUGAUUUUUUUUACAAAAGAAACAGAAUGUUUUUGGGGUGAUGUUAUUGAACACAUUAUUGAUUAAUAUAAUUCUCAAUAAUUGGUCAUAGGAUGUAAGAGUACACCCUUGUCAAAUCAUUUAAAGAUUUAUAUUUGAAAGUUUAAACAUGUGAUUUGUCUCUGAUUGAGGUCACUUAGUUUCAUCUAUUGCUGGUUUUAACUUGAAAAUAUAUUCUGUUUGCUCACCUGUAACAUUGAACUUUAUGUCAAUUUAUUUUAACAUCAAUGAGAAAAUUUACUGAAAAAUUAGAUUCAGAGAUGGUUAUAAAACCUAUUCUGUUGUUUAGAUAGGGUUAGGUGAGUAAUAACAGCAUAACCCUGUGUAACAUUACAAAUUGGACUAGCACUGGUAUAAUUAAGACCAGACCUGCCCCCCAUUCUUUCAUUUAUUGUUAUUUUUUUGUUACACUUUUUUAUUUUUAGCACAUUUUUUUAUCCAUUAUUACUUUGUGCAAAUUCUUUAACUAUUUUUCUAAUAAAAUUGUAUUUAAAAUAUCUUCUAUUUAAGAAUGAUAUUUUAAUUGGUUGUAAUCUCAGUGACAUCUGCUUCCCCCCACUUUUCAAGUCGGAGGUCCCACCUUCCCAUUUUGUAUCUAAUUUAUUUUAAGAUUAGUUCUAUGGGCAAUGCACAGUAUUGAAAAUCAAACAAGGUUAUUAUUAUUAUUAUUAUUAUUAUUAUUGGCAUUUAUAUAGCGCCAACUAAUUCCGCAGCGCUUGACAAUAUUAUGAAAAGGGGGGAAAUGUACAAUAAAUGAGACAAUUACACAGUAACACAGGAACAAUAGAUAGAUGAGGGUUAAUUCACUAAACAGUUUUUAAUGUGAUGAAUUAUAAAAAUUAGCCUAAAGUAGACCUUAACCCAUUUUAGCACAAAUAAUAUUGCCUUCUCAAUUCCCAUCAACAUACUUUUUGGUGAAUAAAUUCCAUAUUCCAUAUUUCUUACAUGUUCCUCUGUUGGAUAUUUAAUUGUCAUUUAGUUAGUAGUACUGGAAAUUGAUAGUGUUUGUUGUGAUUUUUCACUGUAAUUAUGGCCAGUUUAAUCCACUCCAACUGUCACUACAAUUGCUACUUCCUGGUCACAUGACCUGAUAGGAAUGAUGGACAUUCUCAAAGCUUUACUAGGAUAGCGAGAGAUACAUUUCUACUAAAUGUCAAUGGAAACUGUAUCACAGUCUAUUGUUAUGAAAACUGAAUUAUUUCUACUUAAGAAAACAUAUACAAUGCUUAUGUUUCAUGGAUUGUAUAAAUAGAAGUGCGAUAGAGGAUCUUUUCACAUUUUGAAGAUUUAAUAAAGCUUUAUAGAAUAUACUUCCUUACAUACUACAAUACACAGGAAGUUACUGUGUUAAUUAUGUAAUUGUACAAUGGGUCACCCAGUUAAUACUGUAUCAUGUAAAUCAUUUCGGUCUCUGUUAAGAACCAAUGCACUGGAUUCUCUUUUUGUUUGUGCUAUUGUUUGUGCUGUUAUUUGUAUUUUUGCAGUGUAUUUUCUAAAGCUGAUGUGUGCUACUAUAAUAAAAAUAUUCUGUUCAAGUACAGCAAUAUUCUACGUGUGUGUAUAUAUAUAUAUAUAUAUAUAUAUAUAUAUAUAUAUAUAAAUUUACUUUUAAGGGAUUCUGAGGGAAGUGUGGACAAGUACGGUCAAUAGCCCACACAGCAAGGUGUUGCAAAGAAUCACCGAUGGCCCCUGACGCGCGCGUUUCGCCCACAACUCAUCAGAGGGGACUCUUUUGAAAUUUACUUUCCAUUUUUAUAUUUAGAUCUCAAUACGUUACCAAUAAGCUGUAUCUAUUUUUAAUCUCUAAUAGGUACCAUUACUUUAGUGUUGCAAUCCUCAUAUCAUAUUAUAUUGCAACCAUUUGCACAUUGAGUAUCACCACUCAUUAUUCUUUGCUAAACCUAGCUAUUUAUAUCAACUUUUAACUUAUUCAUUAAAAGUUAAUUUUUUAAAAUUUUCCUCAGGGCACUCAACUGUUCUUUUUUUGUUAUUACUACCUUGGUAGUUUAUUGUGGGUUAACCUCACUAUGAGUGUUUUCCCUAUAGCUUCCAUCCCCCUUUUUCUCUUCUAUAUAUAUAUAUAUAUUGCACUCCCUGGUCGUAUUAAUUUGCAAACUUUAUUCACCAAUGUUCAGUAACUUUACUGUAUCAUCAAUGUUUCGGUCCUCAUCCGGACUAGGACUGAAACGUUGAUGAUACUGUGAAGUUACUUAACAUUGGUUAAUAAAGUUUGCAAAUUAAGAAGACCAGUGAAUGCCCUUCUAUGAGUGAGUGGAUUUGUGAGUGGUCCGACGUCAUAAUUCGGCUCCUGGCAUCACUAAGCAGUGCGAGGGAGCUGAGCAGUAAGAGCUCAGGCAACAGCACUCCCUCGCCACAAGCCCGUAAUAGAAGCUACCGCCCGCCUUGUGGGGGGCCCAAAGGUGGACAGCCGGCCAGGUCUUGGGCCCCCCAGGACACGAGGCUAACAAGGCAGUGCCGCCCAAAGAAAAUCCCAGUGACCUAUGGUAGCGUGCCCACAGAGAGGGCUCAGCGUGCCAUCUGUGGCACGCUUGCCAUAGGUUUGCCUUCGCUGCUAUACAUUAUAAGUGGUGCCAAUGGUUUAGAUAUACCAUUAGAAUGCUAAUCUGAUACAUAAGAUUCAAUCAGCCAUAUCUGGUACAGACUUCAGUAAAUAAACAGGACAGGGAUUGGAUUUGUGCACUACUCUGUUGUGUUUUUGAUCAAGUUAGGUGUAAUGAGACCAUAGGGCAUAUUAAAGAUAGUUUAAAGGAGAAAGGCUAAAAAACAAAAUAAUAAUAUAUUUUACACGAUAUGUCUGUGAUAUAAUAACCACACAGUAGGUUUCUUAAAGGGAAACUAUAGUGCCAGGAAAUCAAAGUUGUUCUCCUGGUACCAUAGCUCCCCCCUGCCUCACAGCCCUCACCCCCGUGCUGCAGAAGGAGUUAAAUCCCUACUGUCACAAUGUCGGUGCUGGUUUGGGUUUGCCUCUGCUCCUCCCCUGCUGGCGUCAUCUGGCAGGGGAGACCUAAUGCGUAUGCACAGCAAUGGCCAUGCCUGCAUUAGUAUUUCUACCAUAGGGGGGUUAACAUGACACUGGAUGUCCUCAUUCAUAGCCUGAGGACGUCCAGCGUCAGUUAGGUGACCAAAAGUCACCUAAGGACCCGAAAGUCCCUCUAGUGGCUGUUUGGUAGACAAUCACUAGAGUUGGAGUUUACCUUCAAAGGUAAUUAUUGUAGUUUAUUAAAGAAUAAAAUAAUUACCUUUGCAGGGUCAAGGGUCCUGGAACUAUGCACCCAAAUCACUUCAAUGAGCUGAACUGGUCAGGGUGCCUAUAGUGUCCCUUUAGGUAAAUAUAGCUUGCUACAUUUAAAACAUUUGUGUCAGUUUUCCUUUAACUACAUCAUGCUAAUAGAUAUGUUAGCACACAAGGAUUGACACAAAAUUCUGAAAGCCUCUUUAUUUAUGUGUCAUCCAGGUCUUCCUGGCAUCGGAUAAAACAACGAAGAAGGUGGUGGCUUUGAAAAUAGUGAGGAAGAAAGACCUUCUCACUGAAGCCUCAGACAGGACACUCACUGAACGUCGAGUGCUGGAGAUGGCAGCCGGAAGUCCUUACCUAACCAAAGCCUAUGGAGCGUUUCAGAUCCCGGUAAUUCCUUAAUGGUCAUAAAUCAACUUUCCAUUAACAAACCAACCAGCAAUAUAUCUGCAGAUGUUUGCUUUAAAUUUUCUGUGGCAAAUUGGUUUCUAACCAAUAUAUACCAAAGAAAAAAGUUACUUGAGCACUAUGCAUAUUAUAAACUCUCUUAUAAAACCUCUUGUGUGAAUCCUACACUAAAAAUUCACCUUCCUGUCUUCAACUAACAGGUAGAAAUCUCUAAUGAGACAAAAAAAAUUAUUUUUCCAAAGCCUUUUGAGUGAUACUAAAAACUUCCAGUUAUUUAAAUGUCCACAGGGAUUUGGGAUAGUGAGCAAGUAACUUUUUUGCUUUGUGUUUUUAUUGUAUGUAUUGGGGCUGAUGUGUACCAUAGUCAUUGCUGCUGCCAGGAGUAGUGGGCGUUUAAGCACAGGACUUGAUUUUGUAUAGUUUCUAACCCAGAUAAAGAGUAGUUGGCCAAAAAAUCCAAGGGAACAGAACAGGGGGUAACCUUAAUAGAAUUGGUCGCAAAGAGAAGAAGAAGAAAUCUGUCCCUAAAAAAAUAUAUAGAUAAGGGUAAUAAUUUUAAAAUCUCAAAAAUACUUUAUUAAACAGAAAAGACUCACAUAUACUGUACAAAACAAACCCUGACAGUAGCUACCUGACUCAAAAUUGUGAGUUAAUUACAGUAGUCUACGUAAGGAACACAGAUAAAGGGAAAGGAAAGUGAGAAAUGACACACAAAAGUGAGAAAAUUCAAUUAACUGAGCUGGCACAAAUAGAUAUAUCAAUAUCUAGCUAGUAUCCUUAAUCAUAAGAUCAGCCGGAACUCAGUAUAUAAUUGUCACGUAUAUAGAGAGAGAAUAAAUUGGCACAAAGUAUCGAAAAAGCCCCUUGAAAGGUAACUACUUAGCAGUAAUAAAUAUCAAUGCAGCAGUGUUUCAGGAAUGUGUCUGAUACUCAGCUCUUUGUAUAUUCCACGCAACUAUCAAAUGACAAUGUGCACCGGUGUAUCGAGAGUGCAUUGAAUAUAUGUAGCGAUAUAAUUGAAUUGUGCGCUCAACAAGUUACCUAAGGUAACAGUGAUCAAAGGCACUUCGUUACAGUUGGUUCCUUAAACAGAGCAUCAUUUUUUUUCCCCACAGAUAUAGGAUUUAGCAAAGUACGGGAAAUGAUGUUUUAACAAGUUUUCUUUUUGCUGUUUAAGUGUUUGUGUUGUGAAGUAUAUCCCAUUGUAUUUUAUUGUCAACCAGACCCAUCUAUGCUACGUGUUGGAGUAUCUGCAUGGUGGUGAUCUUGACAGCUUCCUGAAAAGAAACAUCAGACUGGAACCUUGCAUUGCAAUGUAAGUCUUAAAAUACAAUGCUUAAAAUGGAGACCGGACGAGGAGAGGGGAAAUAUGGGUCAGAGCAAUGAGAAGAUUUAACAGGAAGAAGUAUGACAAGGCCUGAGGAAAGAGUCACAUUUAAGAAUUGUUUUGGAAAAGAGGGAUGGUAAAGGAACCCUAAAGUUUCAAAUAAAAUUCUAAUAGUUUUAAUAAUGACAAAAUCACCCAACAUAAACAUUUACAGAUUAAAAAUAUCAUUAAAGUUUAUGGAACAAUGUUAAAUAAUGUUUUUCUAUUAAAAGAACAGAAGUAUAAUUCUCAAUAUAGAGCCACUGUAUAUAUUGACAAGAGGAUUGGAAAGGAAUUAAUUUGGGUGGGAGUAAAAGGAGACAGUUACUAAUAGAGAAUAUACAGCUGCCCACCACCACGUUUUCUACUAUUAGCAUUGUUUGGUAGACAAUGGUGAAUGCCAUAGAUAAAGAAUUUAGAAAAAUUAGGAACCUCAGUGAGUCUGAAACAUAUAUACAUACAAUAAAUAUACUCUGAAUAUAAAUAUUCUACAAAAUGCUAACUCAGUAUGAAUCCAUGUUUGCGUGAUGAUGUAGAAACGUGUGGGCCCAUACACCUAAUGUUGCUAAGAAACAAGCAUACAAUGUAUAACAAAGAGUGUCGGUGUAUAAAAACAACGACAUGUAAAAAAGGAGGAAAAGGUAGAAAGAGUGAAGGCAUGUUACUGAAGUAUCUCAGCUAAAGCAUAUCUGUACAUGAGUCCAAGCAAUCAUCAAACGUAGAAGUCGAGAAUCGACAAAUAGGAGGAGAUGCAGGAGAUAGAGAACUGUGGCUGUGUGUGAUUGAAGUUUCUAAGGGUAAACAGUGAAAUCACCAUGUGUGCUGCAUGCAACCAGUGAUCAACAUGUGAAAUUAGAGCAAGGAUACCAGUGAGUUCCUACAGUGAUAGACAAUAGAGAGUGAGAAAGACAAGCUGGUGAAGAAAAAAAACUGUAAUUAGAGGCAGAUCAAAGAUAUAGAUAUACCGAGGAGCUCAAAAUAGACAAAAACUACUGCAACUGGUGCUAAAUCGAUUUAUAACAUAUAAUACUGAUUUUACACAUAGCACUAGGCAACAAUAUGAACAACAGAUAAGCACAGGCCAUUUUGCACACAACCGAACAUGUAAGAGCUAUGGAAAUGGAUGGAAAAUUGCCACAAUGAGUAACAGCAAAUAUAAAGGAAGCUAGUCAAUAAAAGGAAUAAGAAGAUGCCUGCUAUGUAUGGUAUAGAUGUCCUAACAAGAUAUACAAUUGUUAUACAGAGAAAUAUGAUGGUAGAAACAUAUUUGAAAAUAAAAAGUAUUCACCAGUAAUACUAGAAAAAGUAUAUGUGACAGUAAGAAAAGUGAAUGUAGGCAAGAGAGAGCUCUGAUUUUAUAUAUAUAUAUAGUAGAGAUUGUAGCCGUAUUAGUCCAGUGAUGUAGAUGUAAAAAACAGAUAAAAUUCUUAUCUUGUAAUACCUUUUUUAUUGGACUAACAGAAUUUUUUAAUGACAAGCUUUCGGGAGAACCUCCCUUUCUCAAGUCUGAAGCAUUUCUGAGCAAAACGACACAUAGAAUUCAAAGUUGAGUUGUGAUACAGGGGUUAAAGCGACAUGAGUGUAGAUAAGACACAGGUUUGUUAGAAAAUAGACACCAUCUUAGCAGAGGGUCAUAAAUAUCUUGUUGAAGAGAAGAGUAGGGGGGAGAGAGGGAAAAGAAAAACAAACAAGCAGACAGUGCACAGGAUGAUACACUUUAUACAUGCACACACACAGAAAUAUGUAUAUGUGAACGCAUAAACACAUGUAUAUAUACAUAAACACAUAUACAUACAUGCACAUGGACUCAUAUACACAAAUAUAAAUGCACAGUAAUAUAUAUAAGCAUUCAUGCAUACGAGUAUGGGAAAGCAUAGGUCUACACAUAGUACUUUGUAUAUAGAUAGAAUAAACAUAUAGGAAUGCAUUUUAAAGUGUUGGUACAUAUGACAGAAUAGUAAGAUAAUGCUGGGAGAGUGUUCAUGUAAAGUGUUGGUAGUGGGACAGGAAUCCCAAAUCAAUAUUUAGUCCUCUCUUCUUUCUGUUAAACCAUUUAAUCAUUCUGGCUUCAAAGGCUUUUCUUUCCUGGGUAUUUUUAAAACCCCCUUUCAGUACUUUGAUUUUUAGGUCCUUCAGUGAGUGGCCAGGCUGGGUAAAGUGGUGUCCCACAGGAGUGCAGUAUGAUUCUAAGAUGGUGUCUAUUUUCUAACAAACCCUUGUCUUAUCUACACUCAUGUCACUUUAACCCCUGUAUCACAACUCAACUUUGAAUUCUAUGUGUCGUUUUGCUCAGAAAUGCUUCAGACUUGAGAAAGGGAGGUUCUCCCGAAAGCUUGUCAUUAAAAAAUUCUGUUAGUCCAAUAAAAAAGGUAUUACAAGAUAAGAAUUUUAUCUGUUUUUUACAUCUAUAUAUAUAUAUAUAUAUAUAUAUAUAUAUAUAUAUAUAUAUAUAUAUAUAUAUAGAUAGAUAGAUAUAUAUAUAGAUAUAUAUAUAUAUUAUUACAGUGGAUUUUCCCUAGGUCAGCUCAUUUAGGAAGAUCUAAUUUUAAGAAGUAAGUUCAUUUUAUAUUAAAUACUUUGUUGAUUAAUAUUUGAAUUCUUGUUUAUCAGAUUCCUUGCUGCGGAGAUUGCGUGUGGACUCCAAUAUCUCCACCAACACGACAUUGUGCAUCGGUAAACACAUCUUCGUUAAACGAUAUAUUAAUAAGCUUGCUCUCUCUACACUGUGCUGUCCUUUUUUUACCCAUAUUGUUUAGCUACAUUUUUACCUUUCUCUCAGGUGAGUUAAGAUUUUUUGCUCAUAGACUUCAGCUGUAAGAGGGCAUUUUACAAACCGUUUCAACUUAACACUAAGAAGAGGCUUUUUACUUACGUUUGAGAAAAACAUUUACUUGUGUUGGGCAGAGCAGAAAAAAGGAAGGGCAGGAUAAGAAAGAAAGAAGCAGAAUGGUCAUUUCUAGUCCAACUGAUUAAGAGAAAUGUAGAAAACUGCAUUCAUUAAAACUAAAUUACAAAAUCCUUUUUUAAAUUGUCUCCUAAAUUCAGGUAUAAGCAGCCUGUUUCAUUUCUCUGUGAAUUGAUGGGGCAUUAUUUCAUUGAUUGGCUAUAGCUCAUAAAUAGAUUUGUACACACUUCCAGAAUUUUACUAUUAGUAAGCCAUGUAAACGACCUGUUUCAUGACAGAUCUUCAAAAAACUAUAAAUCUUAUGAUAUUUCUCUCUACAGAGACAUAAAGCCAAGGAACAUAAUGCUGGAUGAAGCGGGUCACAUCAGGAUAGGCGACUUUGGACUGGCGCUGGAGAUGCACGGCAAGAGGACAGCAAAGGGUUACGCAGGCACUGUAGAUUAUAUGGCUCCAGAGGUAGGAUAGACCAUGGCUACUGUUUGGGUUUGAGGCUACAUGACUUGAUCAUAUUACAUCUCACCAAGAGCAACAAUCACUCUGUAGCUAAACAGAUCUUUAUAGCUAUGAAGAUGAAGAACUAGAAUUCAACAUUUUAUCAAUGUAAACACAAUGUCUGAACACUACUUCAGACAACAGGGCGCCACAGCCACUAUAAAUAUAUAUUACUGAAAAUAGGAGAUUCCCAUAAAUGAAAAACAAUCGGUGGAAAUACAAAGUCCACUUUAUUGCAUAUAAAGAACAAUAGUACACAAUAGUGCAACAAGCACAAUGUAUAUAAAAUAAUAUCAAAAAUAAGUACACAGCCAAAUUGGCCAAGAGCCCCUAAGGGUAGCAGCUAUAAACAUACAAGUAACUACACUGAUAGUAAAAGUGCAAAGUGCUAAAGUGCAAGGGUGCAGGGUACUGAUAAUACUGCUCCACAAACCAAAAACAGCACAGUGCAUACAAUAUAGGAUGGAAUGCAAAUAGAGUACAUGUAGAGUGUACAGCAAGCUCCUGAGGAAGUCGACAUCGUAAGCAUUAGAGUAUUUUCGAGUAUAGGUAGCAUUCUUUCUCUACAUGUACUCUAUUUGCAUUCCAUCCUAUAUUGUAUGCACUGUGCUGUUUUUGGUUUGUGGAGCAGUAUUAUCAGUACCCUGCACCCUUGCACUUUAGCACUUUGCACUUUUACUAUCGGUGUAGUUACUUGUAUGUUUAUAGCUGCUACCCUUAGGGGCUCUUGGCCAAUUUGGCUGUGUACUUAUUUUUUAUAUUAUUUUAUAUACACUGUGCUUGUUGCACUAUUGUGUACUAUUGUUCUUUAUAUGCAAUAAAGUGGACUUUGUAUUUCCACCAAUUGUUUUUCAUUUAUGGGAAUCUCCUAUUUUCAGUAAUAUAUAUUUAUAGUGGCUGUGGCGCCCUGUUGUCUGGAGUAGUGUUCAGACAUUGUGUUUAUUUUGUAUAGAGGUUGGGAGUGACCUCGUGACAGUGGCUUGCCUACACUAGCUUUGUGACCUAUUAUCACCUUCACCACCCACACAUUUAUCUUUUGUUUUGUUUUUUAUCAAUGUUCAUGUUAUUCUCCUCUGUAAUAAGAUAUCAUAGUUGAUAUUAUAAUAAGCAUGGGUUAACAUCUUUAUUUAUUAUGGCUGAUGGCAACAGUGCUUGGCUAGGUCCUCCAAACUUUAAAGACAAUUCUUUAAAAUUGAAAAACACCUUCAGUGAUUGUCUAUACUGUCCCAACCAGUCAUAUUGCUCCGAAUCAUUGCACAUUUGUAGUGAAAUAUAUAUUUUUUAUAAGUUGCCUAUUCUAAUAGGCAGACGAUGAGAAUAGCAUUAUAUUUGACAGUAAUACUUUCUUUCCUGUAAGGAAACACUUGACUUAACAUUUCUGAAAUUAUGUUGGCAGAUGCGGAAAGGAAGAAAAUAUAAUGCUGCAGUAGAUUGGUGGGCCUAUGGUCUAAUCCUUCAUAAGCUGGCCAAGAGAGCAUUUCCAAAAAAUCCAAAUGCUGCCCAAACAAUGCUUCAUGACACCACAGAUCACCCUGAGUGUCAAAGAAAACAGGUCAAAGAUCUCGUGAAAAAGGUGUGUAUGAUCCGGCAGUCUAAAUUAAUGUCCUGAAAAAGAGAACAUUUAUUUAUAGAAAACUAUUAACAAAGAGUGACACGGAAUGCCCAUAAAUGACAAUGGUGUCUAUAUAUGGUAAUAUCGAAAAAAAGAUAAAAGAUAUAUUAAUUCAGUCAAAUGCUUAUAGCUCAUACCAGCUUAAAGUCAUAUAAGACAGGAUAAUAUUUAAGGAGGGGAUUUCAGGGAAUUAAAUAUAUACACAAUAAAACAAUCAAGAACACAGUGAUAAAAUGACUAAAACUAGAGAGAAUCGGGAACUGAUUCUGGGUUAGGUAGUUUCUCCUAUUGAGAACAGGAAAACCUUAAACAUUGCAUUCAACAUAUGAAGUCGAGUGGAGAUAAAAGCGACUGUACUAGUAAUAAUCUUGCACCUUUGAUUCUUAGAAUGUCCCUUUAACCUUGUGAUACUGCAUACAGAUUUACAGAUAUCUAUAUUGUGUUUGCAUGUGUUUUAGUCAAUGAACAAAGGCAGUGGCAGUUUUAUUGUUGACAUUCUACUCUUCCAUUUGCAGCUCCUGUGCAAAAAUCCAUCUCAGCGCUUGGGGGCAGCUAGCAGCAUCCAAUUCCAUCCUUUCUUCCAGUCCAUUGACUGGGAUGACCUGGAGGCUGGCAGGCUAGAUCCCCCCUUUGUGCUAAGAACAGUAAGUAUACGGAAACUUCAAAUAGAGACCAGAAAAAUCAAUGUAACAAAAUGAGUGACUAGUUUAUGAAAAGAUAAGAGAGACGAUCAAAGUGCUAAUAUGGUGUGACCGUGGAUUACUGGUUGUGAUUGGGACUAUGUAUAUCGGAGUAGUUUGGGGUAAUUAGCCCAGAAACACAAACAAUAUCUAAACUUGGCAGCACUGCAAGCUCCAAAGUGUCCUCUCCAGCCAUAUCCAUACACCUCUGCCCCUGUCCCUAACCAAACAGUUGUGCCUGUCCCUUUGUACCCAACUAUCUUAAAAAACCUCAUAGGAAAGCACGGUGUGGAAGUCCUAAUGCUGGGGUGGGGCUCACCGUUAAUCCACAUUAGGUUCCCAGAUCACACUGAGGUUGAAGAAAGAGGAGCCCGAACCAGCACCCAGAGACCGUAGCGCUGGAAUCAGAUAAGCGGUUAAAAGGUUUUUUAGGCCUUUCAUGUCCUGGGUGCAGUGUAAGCAUAGGGAGAGUGUAGUGUUAGGAAAACAGUUUUGCAUUCCUAACACUAUAGUGUUCCUUGAAACAAUCUAGCCUUUAAUUUUUCCUUUUGUUCAUUGCCACUAUGGCUAGAUCACUGUGAUAAUAGGAAAAUUACACCAGUUUAUACAUUUAGCUUUUGGCAUUCUGCAAUCUCCCCCCGCCAUCUUUUACAUCCAUAUUGGUGUUCUUAUACUGCUUUCUAGGAAUGGUAACACUUAUUGGAUGUGUUCUUGUACAAUGUGUAAAUACUACAGUAACUUCUUAUGUCUUCUCUUUAUAGCCACCACUGGAGAGCUUAAUAUCACGAGUAAUACAGGAGACCCUAACAUCUCGAUACGAAGCAUUUACGCCAUCUAUUCCACCAGAGCAGCAGCAGUUUCUUGGAUUUUCUUUUAACACCCUCUCCUAG